UCUCUCUCAAUCUCUUUCUCCUCUCUCUCACACUCUUCUCUCUCAAUCUCGCACUCAAUCUCUCUAUCUCUCUCUCUCUCUCUACUUUCUUUAUGGAGAGUUAUUCUCUCCUCCACAGUUCUUACCAGAGUUCUGUGCUUUUCUCUGGCUUCAGGAAGCUGCGCUCUGAUAGGAGGUUGUGUGAUGUUGUCUUGGAGACGGGAGGCGUGUCCUUCCCGUGUCACCGCGUCCUAUUGGCCAGUUCCAGCCAGUAUUUCUGGUGUUUGUUUGGUGAGAAGACGGAGGAGAGGAUAGCUGCUAGCAUUAGACUCCCGGCGCUAACUCCUGCAGGACUAGAGACAGUUCUGGACUUCCUGUACUCUGGAUGGCUCAGCCUAUCAGCUGCCUCACUGCCUGUUGUUCUGGAGACCGCCAGGUACCUUCAGGUGGACACAGCUGUGUCGCUAUGUGAGCGUUUCCUUAGCGACGGGCUGUCGCUGAGGACCUCAUGUUUCUAUGCCAACCUGGCUGAGCACCACUUCCUGCCUGACGCGCUGGCAGCUGCCAAUCAAAUCAUCGCCAUGGAGAUGGCCACUUUGCUACGGGAGGACAGGGAGGGGCUUCUGGGGCUGAACGUCCAAUCACUAACGGAUGUGCUGGACAGGGAGGAACUACCCGGUGUCAAGGAGGUGGAGCUACUGAAACUUGUGCUGGAUUGGCUGGAUGCUAACCAGCCUCUCCCAUUGGUCCGCUGUAACCUGCUGCUCAGCCGACUCCGUUUUGGAUUGGUUACUCCCUCUGACAUCACAACACUAAGCCCUGCCCACACCAACAUGAACACGCCCCUGAUGAGGAGUAAGGUGACGCAGGCGCUGGAGUAUCAUUGGCUGGGCUCAGCUAGACCAAUAAGACAGAGCCGACACUCCUCCCUCAGAGCAGCAGCCAAUCAUGUGCUCCUGGUGGGGGGCGGGCUCAGCACUGAUUGGCCGCAGCAGCAGGUGCUCACCUUCGACCUUAGAGACAGGAAGUGGUCAUCAUUGAACGCUGGUCUCCCACGACGACUGAAGAACCACUGUGUGUGCUGCGUCGGGGGGUUCCUGUUUGUGAUUGGAGGAGAAGAGGUGAAGGGCGGAGCAGAGGGGGGUGAAGGGAAGUCUGUUACUAUGACGACAACUAAUUGUGUGUGGCGGUACGAUCCUCGCUUUGCAUGCUGGGAGGAAGCGGACCCCAUGCUGGAGAGGAGAUCCCAGUUCAGCUGCUGUGUUGUAGACCAUGUCAUCUACACUAUAGGGGGAACACACACACACUCAGACACACACUCCUGCCUGGCCUCAGUGGAGUUCUAUGACAUGGCAGCAGGUCAUUGGAGGAAAGGAAUUUCUGUGCCCCGCCCCCUUUAUGGCCACGCCUCGGUCACCCUGGGAACUGGAAUCCUAAUGUCUGGUGGUAGCCAUGGCAACCAGGACCGUACACAGGUCAGUAGCCACGAGGGUAAUCAGGGCAACUGUGAGGUCCUCUUCCUAGAUAUGGUUGCUAGGGGUGGAGUUUGGGAGAAGCGAGCACCGAUGUCCAUUGGCCGUUUCGGUCACCGCAUGGCAACUGUUGCCGGAUGUGUCUACGCGUUACUAGGAAUGUACGAGCACUACUGCGAUAUUGAGCGAUAUGACUCACUCGCUGACCAGUGGACACGCUUACGCCCAGUACUCAUUGGCUCGUUCGACUACGGACUGGUGACAACAGAAAAUGGGAGGCUGCUGCUGUUCGGAGGCAGGAAAUGGCGGGAUGGACAGGAAGUGAGCGUAGCAAGUGUUCUAGAAUAUGACACAGAGAGAGACAGUUGGGCUGAGAUCUGUCAGCUACACACUCCUCUGACUGGAACACAAUGUGUUGUGAUGGCUCUGUUAGACUAACACUCCUCUGACUGGAACACAAUAUACAGGAAGUAGAAAAUAACAUGGCUAUGUAUAGGGAGUAGUAAAUAACAUGGCUAUAUAUACAGGAAGUAGAAAAUAACAUGGCUAUAUACAGGGAGUAGUAAAUAACAUGCUAUAUAUACAGGAAGUAGAAAAUAACAUGGAUAUAUACAGGGAGUAGAAAAUAACAUGGAUAUAUACAGGGAGUAGAAAAUAACAUGGCUAUAUACAGGGAGUAGAAAAUAACAUGGCUAUAUACAGGGAGUAGAAAAUAACAUGGA